UUUAAAUAUUUUAAAAUGGACACUGAAGAUUACUGGAGCAUUGAUACAAUCCUUGCUGAAGAGCAGAAGAUAAAAUGAUCAAUGCUAACCUCUAUUCAUGAAUACGGACACUUGUGAGAAGCUGGAAAGGAGAAUCUUGAAGAAGGAGACAAACUAGAGAUGCCUCUAUGGCUAGCCAAGAGUCUUUAUAGCGAGGAAAAGGUUGACAUAGCAAUUCCCAAAUUCUUCUCAACAAGCUUCAGAGAGACUUUGGCUGCAGACUCCACAAUAGUGCUUCUCAAAGACAAAUGCAACUAUUUCUAUGAAAAUGCUACUAUUCUCUCUGAAAUUUUAAAAAGUGAGAAGCUAAAAGAGAUCAUUCCAGUGGUCCAUAAAGCCUUUGUGGAAAGAAUGAGAAUGAUAUCAGAUUAUGCAGAAGGAGAGAGCGAGGUUCAAAAUAACAACAUGUUCAUCCGCAGACUAUGCCAUAUUGAAAAAGAGCUAUUCGUCCAUAAUAAACAAAGGAUUAAAGAGACAGUUAACUUCAAACAACAACACUCUGUACAAGAAAAUUAUGGAGCCCAAGAUAACUCAAUGAGGAAGCCAGGCAAGAGAGUCAGACAUAAUUAG